AUGACAAGUUUUGUCAAACUGCUGUUCUUAUUCAUGAACCUGCUCUUGGUGUGUGGAAGACAUCCGACCUGUAACUUUUACCAGGAGCUGCGGAGAGCCAAAGAAGAGUGUCAGAGCAGACUACAGCAGCAGGACCUCCACACAGGAAACAGAGGUCCUGGUUGUAAGGGAUACUGGGAUAAUAUCUCCUGUUGGGAUGGAGCUGAAGUGGGGCAGACCGUGACCAUUCCAUGCCCACCAGUCCUUAAAACACUGUUUGGUCGCCAUGGUUACAUCAGUAAAAACUGUACAACUGAGGGAUGGUCAGACGUCUUCCCCAACAUCACCAGUGUAUGCGGCUCAGAGACUGCUCAGGAUAAGUUGAUCUUCUACAUGGUGGUGAGAAUCCUGUACACUCUGGGUCACAGUUUGUCUCUGAUCGCUCUCAUAACAGGCAGCGCCAUUCUCUGCCUCUUCAGGAGACUGCACUGCAUGAGAAACUACAUCCAUCUGAACCUUUUCCUGUCCUUCAUUCUGAGGGCUGUGGCAGUGCUGGUCAAAGACAGCGUCCUGUUCUCACACAGUACACACUGCUCCCAACAGUCCUCUCUGGUGGGGUGUCGAAUGAGUAUAGUUGUUUUCCACUAUUUUAUCAUGGCUAAUUUCCUGUGGCUGUUGGUGGAGGGCCUGUACCUACACACGCUGCUGAUGGUCUUGUUUUCAGAGAACAGGCACUUCCGCACCUACCUGCUCAUCGGCUGGGGCGUUCCCGCGAUGUUUGUGUUUGCAUGGGUUCUGGCUCGGCACCAGCUGGAGGAUACUGGCUGUUGGGAGCAGAAUGAUCACCCUGUGCCCAUGUGGGUUAUUAAUGGACCAAUCGGCUUCUCCAUCAUGGUGAAUUUUGUUCUGUUCAUCAGUAUAAUCCGGAUCUUGGUUCAGAAACUUAGGUGUCCUGAUGUCGGAGGUAGUGACCAAUCACAGUACAGGCGUCUGGCCAAGUCCACUCUCCUUCUGAUUCCGCUGUUUGGGAUUCAUUAUGUUGUCUUUGUGUCACUCAACGAGUCCAUGGCAGACUACAAAAUCUUCUUUGAUCUUGCCAUGGGAUCCUUCCAGGGUCUUGUGGUGGCAAUUCUAUACUGUUUCCUCAACAGUGAGGUUCAGACUGAGCUGAGGAGGAAAUGGAGUGAUCUGUCUGGGUCCUGCUGCCCGGCCUCUCCCUCCACCGCUCAGGACAGCUGUGCGACCCGGAAUGGUUCGGACCGCGUCCCGUCCCGCCAGCGCAGCGGCAGAACCGCCUCUCUCCUGCAGACAGAGACCACGGUGCUAGAGAGUCUGUACCCCACCCUGUACUCCACCCUGUACCUCACUCUGUACCUCACCCUGUGCCCCACCCUGUACCUCACCCUGUACCCCACCCUGUACCUCACCCUGUACCCCACCCUGUACCUCACCCUGUACCCCACCCUGUACCUCACCCUGUACCUCACCCUGUACCCCAACCUGUACCUCACCCUGUACCCCACCCUGCCAAAGUCAAACGUCUGUAUAACACACAUCCCUCUCACACUGUAA